AUGCGCCGACAGCUUCCAGCUCGCAUUAAACUCUCAAAAAAAGAGGUUUCGCAGCCGGGCAGUGAAGGGACUCAGGGACGACAAGCCUUGCGGGGCCGCCGCUAUCCCACCGCCGUUCAGCCUCGCCCUCCGCGGAAGACCGCGACCCGCCACCCUGCCUCCACCUGCCCUCACAGGGACCGGCUCUCCCACCUCACCCCCCCCACACCCUGCCCUCGCCGCCUUCCCCCUCACCCCGGGGAGAAAGCGGGAGGGCUGCAGCGGCACCGGAGGGGGGCGGCGCGGGGGAAGAGUCUCGAACCCGCUGCCUCAGGGGAACCAGAGGCUGCGUCAGGCGCUUCCCGGCGAAGCCCCGGCAGGGGUUGGGGAAGGCGGGGGGUGGGACUCCCGCGCAGGGCGGGCCCAGCCCGGCCCCCGGAGGCGAUCCCCGCGCGUCCCGCUCUGCCCCCGCCGCGCCGCGCCCCUCCCCGGCUCCGCCGCCACCCGCUUCAUUCACGAACCGGUUCUCGCCGGCUGCCUCCGCCUCUCGCCUCCCUCCCGCCUCCGCCCGGCCCUGCCGCCGCCACGCCCCCUCCCCCCCAACGGCCGCCUCACUCCCGCCCCGGACGCGCGAGCGGCGCCUCCGAUUGGGCGGGCGCGACGCUCGUCGCUGACGUAUGGUGA